AUGACGAUCGCGCAACUCAGCACAGGCCUCGGUAAAGCAUUCGCAGAUCGUGACGGGAAAAUUGCGAUAUUAAUCUUAGACUUCAUCCUUCAUCCUUCUUACCAGUAAUUUGGAUUAGAGCGAAUAUCUCGCAUGGGAUCGGAAGUAUUGUACAUUCAACCCGGCCACUCAUCAUCGCGUGGCUCACGAUAGAGGCAGCCUCGGACCUUCUCAUUGCUGCCUCGAUGUCACUGUACCUUAGGAGGAUGCGGACAGGAUUUCCUCGUACGGACUCGGUCGUACGAUUUUUAACGAUAUAUGCCGUUAACACGGGUUUAUUAACUAGCCUGGCAGCUAUGGCAAUCAUGUUUGCUUUCGCUUUUUACGGUUUCCAUUUUGUUCACGAGUGUUUUAUCUUGCCACUCGGGGGUCUUUACACUGCGUCUCUAUUAGCCAACCUACAUUCACGCUCGACGAUACGAGAGCGGCUCCACAGAGGGAAUUCUGUGGGCGAGUCAAUUCAUUUGUCUCGUCUUCCGGACAAGGUACGGGAGGAUAUAUCGCGAGUCGUACAAGGGACGAGAGGUGGGAUUUCAAACCCAGAGUCAAAUCAGACAGCAUCGACACACCCGCGUGUUUGAUUAACACGCACUUGCUAUUCUACCUUGAAUGAGAAUUUUAUGACCUAAGAUCGAUGCAACGUCGAUCUGCUACUCAAUGCUGUUUACCUCUCCUGCUUACUCUUUGAACAUUUGCUCUAAACAUUUUUUCUUUCGUCUCCACUGGAUUCACUCGCAUUUGUUCAUACUGUUCUGACGCAUCCAAAUGUAUUGGACACUCCCUGUGUAUCAUUACAUCACGUCGAUCUUGCGGCAGCGCAUACACACAUUAGCUUUCCAGGAGAGCCAUCAUGCCUGCUCAAUUCUACAAGAACCCCUCACGCAUUCCCUUC